UCUACUGCACGUGGGGGGGUCAUUCUUAAGUGCCUUUGACUUACCUCCGGAUUUUGGAAUCAGGUUCUGUUCUUUCUCCAUGUUAGAGGGAUGAGUUGUAGAUCGUAUAUCUGAUUGUAUCCGCACUGUCCGCGUUUACGGUCAUUGGGCCUUUGAUCAGUACAUCUCAAUGUGAAGAUGUCAGAAGCAUUGCCAUCGUUCUGUACUGCGACUUACUUAAGGAUGAAUCGUCCGAAAUUGACCUGGUUGGGCUUACUCUACCAGCAUUGAAGUCAUUGCUAGACUUGCCAACUGCUCCUGGGUCAAACGUGAAUGAAGGGUAUGACCGAUUAGUUCAUGCCCUUUAUCAGCUUGUUUGCUUCACAGUGAUGAGAUGCGUGGACGAAGUGGUGCAAAGAAGAUCAAGAACAACCUCUUGGCAGGAGUCCUCGUAUUGAUUGUCAUCCCCAGCACAGUGAAGCUCAGCAGAUCUGCAGUCGAGCACUGUUGUUUCUUAAUAUCUCAGAAGUUGCUGGAUGUGGAUGGUACAUCAUUAACUGCUGCCCACUGCACGAAAACGCUCGUCGCGUCAGCUUCAGCGGGUAACCCGACCCUUCGGCAGUGUGUGCGGCUUUUGAUACCUGCCCUGGUCGAAUUCAUCGCCAAGAUGGCACCUCAAGCGCAUGAAGGGUCGAUAACGGAGCCUCAAGCAGCCGCGAUCAUUGGGGAGACCUGUAAGGCCUUUUCCAUCUCUUCAACACUGUGCACGUGUCUUGGGUGUCUUAUUACCCUCCUGCUCGUCAGCAAUGGUGCGAGCACACAAGCACUAAGUGCGCCGAUAUCUACACAGGCUAUGACCCAGCUACUUACGUAUGCUAUGGCCUCACGUGCAGGGUUCGAAGAGGCUGCUGGGAAGCUGGAUCCUGCGAUGAGGGAGUUGUUAGAGAAGUCGAUUCGGAGAGCUUUGGGUGGUGUGCAGGGGACGCAGGCUCAGCAGGCUGUGAAGUCACAGAUAUCGCUUCGCUCGUUCUAGUCGUGAGAUUCAAUAUUUUUGAUGUCCUUUUUUAUGUUCGUCGUGGCAGUAAGAUAGAUGUGCAAUUUGUA